CUCCAACAAAACACAGACGGUAGGCUGACCUGUCUGCAGUCUGAUGGUUUCCGUGGGGGGGCCUCUGAAGACAUUUAACGGCUUCUGACGCUUUCACAGCUCAAGGUGGACGCCGUCUGGUGAGCAAUGGCGGAGGGAGGCUUUGACCCUUGUGAGUGCGUCUGCACCCAUGAGUAUGCCAUGAGGCGCCUCAUCAACCUGCUCAGGCAAUCUCAGUCCUACUGCACAGACACCGACUGCCCUCAGGAAUUGCCCAGUCCCGGCGGGCCUGUCGGCGGAGGCGACCUGACCCUCCCCAUGGUUCUGAUGGGAUGGGCGGUGCUGGCUAUGCUCCUGUUCCUGUUGCGCCCAUCCAGUCUCAGGGGCAGCCGUCCCACAGGCAAACCUCAUGGACCCCACAAUAGCCAUGGAAGAGAGCCUCCAGCGCCACCUAUUGACUAGCAGUGGAGAGCACCAGCACUCACCGACCUCCUCUGACUGGAGCUGCACAGUCAGCCAGCGACUGUGACCAAGAGACAGCGCCACCUCCCCUUCAUUCCAAUAUCUUUUGCUUCUCUCCUGUUUAAUUGCCAUUGUUUUUUUUGGCCUAGAUUUUCCUACGAUUCCUGUCACUAGAGCCCAACUGAUACCAGAUUGAUGAGGAAAAUACAGAUAUGAUAUUUCAAAGUCACAAAAAAAUCUGAUUACGUAUAUAUAUAUACUUUUUUUUACAUAAACAAACAACAUUAACACUUUGGGCAUUGGUUAUUUUUGACAGAUAUAUAAAAAAAAAACUUGAAUCAGAUAAUUCCAUGGGAAUUUGAAUAACGACGCAUAAUGACAGAACCUUUUUCACAAACUUGAAUUAACAGAAAUAAGUACUAAUGUUGUUAGUCGGUCGCUGACCUCAGCUCUGGUGUUGACUGAGCUGAAAAUGAAGGAAUGUGUCACGUGUGUUGGUGGAGAUGGGAGGGGAGGUGUUAAAUAGUUGUUCAAGUGCUUGCUGAGCGAUGAAGGGUGGCGGGUCUUCAGACUCUCUGAAACAUUCCUCUCUUUCCACUUCAAAGUCCCAACUCUAUAAACGGUGCCAGUAAUGAUGUCAUAUCACGUAAUGUUUUAAUAGCACAUUCAAACCAGCAGAAUAAUUCACUUAAUUAAUUUUAUGGACGAAUACAAUUAUGAAUUAAGAUCACAAUACCAUGCCGUUGAUUUUAAUGCUGCAUAUCAAUCUUCUGUGUUCACACGCAGGCCUCAGUUAGAUUACAUACUCCAGCAAAUGGUCCGGUCUGCUAUAUGAACUAUAUCUCCGGAAGCGUGUCUGUCCCUUUAAGUGACUGUUGGUUUUGUUACUGUAAUAUAAGUAAUCAGGACCACAGCGAUGGGUCCUGAAUAAUCUGUUUACCGGGUUUAGAUAUGACGGUUAAAAGGUCACAUUUUACGUAGUUGAAAUGAACUGAAUUGCAGGCAUACAGAUAGGGUGUAUUAAGUGUGGUAAUUGUAAAAACAAUAUACUCAGCAUAAGCAUUUUAAUCAUAUUGAGAUGUCAUUGUUUUAUGGUUAAAAGAAAGAAGAAAAAAAAAAAGAAAAUCUGAAUUGUAUACUCACCUAUUAGUAGCAGAGAAUCAUAUAUUUUGUUGUUGUGGUAUGCCGGUUCCUUAUGAUGGCGUGUUGUGCUGAGUCAGCGGUCUAAAUGAUGGCCUCUUGGAGAUGAUGGCCUGAAGUCUGUGGUUGAUUUGAGCAUCUUCUAAGUUUCUAAUUCUUCAACUUCUGUAUUAUGAUGAUGAUGACAAUGUCAGACCAAUGUUAUGGAAAUGAGCGAGAGAAAGGUGCAUUUCCAAACAAUGCUGGAACAACUUUGUGUGAAAAAAACAGCAAUAUUUGAGUUAUUUUUUAUUUUAUUUAAAAAUGAGAUAAGAGUACAUGGGAAUGAUCUGCAGUGGGGGUUUUCUCAUUACCGUGGUUUACAGGAUUUGUUGAUUUAUCUUGGUCCAGAGCUGUUACAUAAGUCAUUUUAAUCAAAGGUUUGUCAGCUAGAUUUAAGGAAGUUAACAGAAAAACAGAAAUCUCUCAUGCAGAACAAUAUAGUGGUGAAUGCCUUGCGUUCCUUAACCAUGUAUGUCGUUGUGGGUGGAUGUUUAUACAUCACAGUACGUCGGCAACACAAACUACAGCUUAAAAAUUACUUGAGAGAAUCAACUCUUUUUUGAUACAAUCUCAAGAAAAUGGAACAUUCUAACAAGUGUUUUUUUUACAUGUCUAUUGUUGGCUUUCGGACUGUGGUACAUGAUUGAGGGUUUCCUGUUUUUCUCGUCACUGACCUUAUCUUUGUCGUGCCUCUGUCAUGCAACAUGGCCGUCAAAGUGUGUCGGGGCCUUGGAUUACGUUUUCAGGGUUACUUGCGAUAUCAGAAUUUACGUGGAUUAGUCUUAAAAUUGAAGUGUUUUUCUUGAUAUACAUGGUGUACGAGUUCAGAACCUGAAUAUGAUCUGUGACAGCUUCUCUUAGUUUCCAUAUCAGCGAAUGACGCCCUCUAAAGAUGUCUUUCCUACAUCUUUCUAGACUCAGGAGUUGGCAGGGAGGAGAUAUAAGGAUGGAGAAAGUUAAGUAAAACAUAAGGUGGUGUAUAUAUUGAAGGGGGAAACCAUACUAGGUUGUUGAGAUGAACAAGUGGACCAUCUGGUAACCAGGAGACCUUGAUUUACACUGUUUCUGUUCUGUCUAAGAGAAAAAAGGGCUUCAACUAUGCACUUUUCCUAUAACAAAAAAUAAAUAAAAAGAAUUCAGAUUCA